GUGCCUUCGGACUUCUCCAGCUUCUGCGAGAAAUGGAUCUGGUUUUCUAGUUUCAGGGACUGAUUCUUCGGGGCAGUGUGCAGAAAAUGGCAACGGAAAUACAAGCUGCUGCAGAGAACCCCAGCUCUAAGAGGCAAGCAUGGUUCUGCACUACUGGCUUACCGAGCGACAUUGUCAUCGAAGUGGAUGAUAUGGCUUUCCAUCUCCACAAGUUUCCUCUGAUGUCUAAGAGCCGGAAACUUCACAAUUUGAUAACUGAGCAAGAAGAAGCCAACUACCCUACUCCUACCAGAGAAAAUCAAAAUGAAACUGCCGAAGCAGAGCAACAGGAAGAAGACGAAGUUGAGGAAGAUCACUUCCACAUAGUGCUCUCUGAUUUCCCCGGCGGCUCUGAGAUCUUCGAAAUGGCAUCGAAGUUUUGUUACGGCGUGAAGAUAGACCUCAACUCUUCCAAUGUCGCUCCUCUCCGCUGCGCCGGAGAGUUUCUGGAAAUGACGGAAGAAUACAGCGAAGAAAACCUAAUCUCAAAAACUGAGAGAUUCCUCUCCCAUACCGUACUCAAAAGCAUCAAAGAGUCGAUUAAAACGCUGAAAUCUUGUGAGCUUGUAAUGCCUCAAGCCGAGACCCUAUGCAUUACGCAGAGAUGUAUCGCUUCGAUCGCUUCAAAAGCGCCUUCCGCCGAUCCCGCUUUGUUCGGAUGGCCAGUCAGUGACGAAGCCAGUGGCGCUCAAGAUCAUUCGAAGCAGAUGCUAUGGAAUGGAAUCGAAACCGGAGGGCGAAAGAAGAGCGGUGGUAGAGGAAGCAAGGGAAUCUCAUGGUUUGAGGAUCUCGCACAGCUGAGUCUGCCUCUGUUUAAGCGGUUGAUUUUCUCCAUGAGAGAUCAGAAAGUAAACUCGGAGAUUAUUGAGAGCUGUUUAAUGAACUACGCCAAGAAAUAUAUUCCAGGCAUAUCCAGGUCGAACCGGAAGCCGUCGUUGCCUUCCUCCUCUUCGUCUAGUAUGCCUACGGAGACUGAACAGAAGGAGUUGUUAGAGACCAUCAUCAGUAAUCUUCCACUAGAGAAGAGCUCCAAAACUUCAACUGCAACAAGGUUCCUCUUCGGAUUACUGAGGACGGCCAAUAUAUUGAAUGCUUCGGAAGCUUGCAAAGCUGCUUUAGAGAAGAAAAUAGGAUCGCAACUCGAACAAGCAAAACUGGACGAUCUUCUGAUUCCGAGUUAUUCAUAUCUGAACGAGACCUUAUAUGACGUUGAUUGUGCAGAGAGGAUCUUAUCCUACUUCUUGGAUGGACUCGACGAGACAAAUGAAGAGGUCACUGAAGCUAAUCAAGCUGAGGACGAUGGUCUCAGAUCGCCGGCGUUAAUGCUCGUCGGCAAAUUGAUAGAUGGAUAUCUAGCGGAGAUCGCCUCCGACGCCAAUCUGAAGCCGGAAAAAUUCUACAACCUCGCAAUUUCUCUCCCUGAACAGGCUAGGCUCUUCGACGACGGUGUUUACCGAGCCGUCGAUGUGUACCUCAAGGCACAUCCAUGGAUAUCCGAAGCAGACCGCGAGAAGAUCUGUGGAGUAAUGGACUGCCAAAAGCUGACAUUAGAGGCAUGCACCCACGCCGCUCAGAACGACCGCCUUCCACUGCGAGCAGUAGUGCAGGUGCUAUUCUUCGAACAGCUGCAGCUCCGUCACGCCAUCGCUGGAACACUCAUGGCUGCGGAGUCUGUACCGGCGGAUACCGGAAGAUUCUCAGCCGUAUCCCGUCCCGAAACGGAGGAGUUGCAACGGGGAGUGGGAGAGGAGAUGGAGGAGGAAGUUCCAGGGCCAAUAGCGCACGAGAACGGCACGUGGAGAGAGACAGUGAGGGAGAAUCAGAUGCUUCGCUUAGACAUGGAUAGCAUGAGGACGCGGGUGCAUCAGCUUGAAAGAGAAUGCUCGACGAUGAAGAAAGUGAUCGAGAAGAUCGAUAAGGAUAAAGCAGCGGGUCCACAAGACCCUGGAGGUCGAUGGCGAGGAUCGUUGAUCAGACGGUUUGGAUGUAAGUUCAAAACUCAGGUUUGUGAUUCGCAUGAAUCAGCGGUUGCGGAUGGCCGGAGAGGACGACACCACCAUCAUCAGCAGUAGAACCUACUGCAGACGAAUAUUUUCUUUUAUCAUUAUUAUUAUGGUUAAAUUGGGAGUUGUAAUUUUCCAAAUUUUGUGAUAGGGUAAUCAAAUUUGUUGCUUCCACUCAC